AUGCAGGCCAGCCGCCAUGCCCAGAUCCUACAGGAGGAGGCUGUCCGGCAGAUGGAGCUGCGCAGGCGCAUGCGUGCGGCGGUUGUGCCCACACAAGAUGCAGAAGUGCGGAGGACGCUGCGGUUGCUCAAGGAGCCCGUCACUCUGUUUGGCGAAAGAGAGAUGGAGAGGAGGGAUCGGCUGAGGAAGCUACUGGCAGAAAUGGAUGACGAUGAAAAGCUAGACAAGCUGGGAGGAGCCGAGCCGGAAGAUGUUGACAUGGUGGAAAUAAGGAAGGAAAAGUUUUACACAGAGGGCCCACCCCAGCUGAAGGCCGCUCGCAUGCAUUUGGCUCAUUGGUCCCUGGAGAGGGCCAUGGACCGCAUUAACUUCUCAAAAAGGAAGAGGGAGAGCCCGGACGAGGACGAGCUGUCUGAAAGGAAGGCUGCUGUAGACGCUGCGAAGGGUGUUGUCAAUCAGAGCAGUGAGAUCGGCGAUGAUCGCCCCAUCACGGCGUGCGCAUUCUCUCCCAGCGGCCAGCAGCUGGCCACGGCAGCACUGAGCGGCUUGCUGAAGCUGUGGACGGUGCCCGAUUGCCAGAAGCAGAUAACCAUUAAGGCGCAUGCAGAUCGUGUCACAGGGGUGGCGUGGCACCCACACGCGGGUGCGCCUGGGCAGGGUGAGGACGCACCUGCGCUGGUGACAGGAGGCGUGGACACCACCGCUCGCCUCUGGUCAGCCUCAGGGAAGCAGCUGCGGACGUUGGCGGGCCACGCGGAUCGGCUGGGGCGAGUGGCGGUGCACCCGAUGGGGCAGCACCUGGGCACGGCCAGCUUUGACCAGACCUGGCGGCUGUGGGACCUGGAGACGGGGGACUGUCUGCUCGAGCAGGAGGGCCACAGCCGCAGCGUCUACACCGUCGCAUUCCAGGGGGACGGCGCUCUGGCCGCGUCCGGCGGACUGGACGCCAUCGGGCGGCUUUGGGACCUGAGGUCGGGUAACAGCAUCAUGGUGCUGGAGGGGCAUGUUAGGGGGAUCCUGUCCAUGGACUUCUCUCCCAACGGCUACCAGCUGGUAAGUGGGAGUGAAGACCACACAGCAAAGGUGUGGGAUUUGAGGAAGAGAAAGGCUUUGUACACCCUGCCUGGCCAUACCUCCCUUGUGUCACAGGUGAGGUAUGAGCCGUGUGAUGGCUACUACUUGCUGACCGCCGGCUAUGAUAACACUGCAAAAUUGUGGUCAUCGGACAACUUCAAACUCAUUGCAACCCUUGCCGGGCAUGAAGGAAGAGUCAUAGGAGCUGAUAUCAGCCCAGAUGGCAGCGGCCUGAUUGCCUCUGUCAGCGCUGAUCGCACCAUCAAGUUGUGGGCUUCUGGUUUGCUGUGAUGGUUGGUGUAAAUGUCAGAAGUUCAAUUUUACAAC